UAUUUUGUCGCAGUGACGUGACGUCAUGAGUAUGCGCCGCGCCCUGCAGUUGUUGUGAUUCGACUGAAGAAAGUGUGCUGACUACUGAACUAGGGAGCUGACUGAGACACACCCGGAGAUUCAGUUCAUUUUUCUUUCUUUCUGUUGUUCAUCUUAAUCAUGACAGAGUGUGCAAACACAGAGAGAUCCUUGUGACACACUGAUAUAAAGAUGACGUUUGUUAAAGAGGAGACUGAAGACUUCAGGAUUGAAGAAGCAUUCAGUCUGAAACAAGAAGAGACUGGGGAUCAAACAAAGAGGCUGUUUAUUAAAGAGGAGAGGGAAGACACCAGAAGUGAAGAAAUGUUCAGUGUGAAAGAUACUGAGCAACAAACAGAGAAAGAAGUACUGAAUGAAACUGAAGAGAAAGAUCAAUAUGGGAAUCUUCACGAUUUCACAACUAGAAGAAAAUCUUUUAGAUGUUCGCAGACUGAAAAGUCUUCCACAAGAAAAAAAGCUCAAAGAAGUUAUUUCACUUUCAAUCAACAAGGAAACCUUAAAGUCAACACUGGAGAGGAUCCUUUCACCUGCAAACACUGUGGAAAAAGUUUCACUCGUAAAGUAAGUCUUGACGUGCAUAUAAGAGUUCACACUGGAGAUAAGUUGUACACAUGCCAACAGUGUGGAAAAAAGUUUACUCAAAAAGGAAGUCUUAGCACGCACAUGAGAAUUCACGCUGGAGUGAAGCCUUACUCAUGCCCUGAGUGUGGAAAAAGUUUCCAUCAACAUGUUAACCUUAAAGCCCACAUGAGGAUUCACACUGGGGAGAGCCCUUUUACCUGCCAACAGUGUGGACAAAGUUGCAAUGAUAUAGUCAGCCUUAAAGACCACAUGAGAGUCCACAAUGGAGAAAAGCCUUACAUAUGCCAGCAGUGUGGUGAGAGUUUUGCUCAACGUGUAAACCUUGAAGCCCACAUGACAAUACACAAUAGAGAGAGUCCCUUCACCUGCCAACAAUGUGGAAAAAUUUUCACUCAUAAAGGAAGCUUUAACAUCCACAUGAGAGUUCACACUGGGGAGAAGCCUUACACCUGCCAACAGUGUGGAAAGUGUUUCACUCAAAAAGGAAGCCUUAACUGGCACAUGACUCUUCACACUGGACAAAAGCCUUACACUUGCCCUGAGUGUGGAAAGAGUUUUGCUCAUCAUGGAAACCUUAACGUCCACAUGAGAAUUCAUACUGGAGAAAAGCCUUACACCUGUCAACAGUGUGGAAAGAGUUUCACUCGUAAAGUGAAUCUUGACAUGCAUAUAAGAAUUCACACUAGAGAAAAGUCUUACACAUGCCAACAGUGUGGACAAAGUUUCCAUCAUAAAGUAAGCCUUAAAAAACACGUGAGGAUUCACACUGAAGAGAACCCUUACACAUGUCAGCAGUGUGGUGAGAGUUUUGCUCAACGUGUAAACCUUAAGGUCCACAUGAGAGUCCACAUUGAAGAGAAGCCUUACACAUGCCUUCGUUGUGGUGAGAGUUUUGCUCAACUUGUAAACCUUAAAGUUCACAUGAGAGUCCACAAUGGAGAGAACCUUUACACAUGCCAGAAGUGUGGUGAGAGUUUUGCUCAACGUGUAAACCUUAAAGCCCACAUGACAACACACAAUGGAGAGGGUCCCUUCACCUGCCAACAAUGUGGAAAAAGUUUCACUCAUAAAGGAAGCUUUAACGUCCACGUGAGAAUUCACACUGGGGAGAAGCCUUACACCUGCCAACAGUGUGGAAAGAGUUUCUCUCAAAAAGGAAGCCUUAACUGGCACAUGACUGUUCACACUGGACAAAAGCCUUACACUUGCCCUGAGUGUGGAAAGAGUUUUGCUCAUCAUAGAAACCUUAGCGUCCACAUGGUAAUUCACACUGGAGAGAGCCCAUUCACCUGCCAACAGUGUGGAAAAUGUUUCACUCGUAAAGAAAGUAUUGACAGGCACAUGAGAGUUCAUACAGGAGAGAAGCCUUACAACUGCCAACAGUGUGGAAAGAGUUUUGCUCAACCUGGAAACCUUAAAGCCCACAUGAAAGUUCACACUUAAAAGAGUCCCUUCAGCUGCCAACAGUGUGGACAAAUUUUCAGUCAUAUAGGAAUUCUUGACAGGCACAUGAGAAUUCACACUGGAGAAAAGCCUUACACUUGCCAACAAAGUGUAUAAGUUCCGCUCAAAAAGGAAACUUUAACAGGUACAGAAGUAUUCACACUGAAUACAACCUUUGCACCUGCCCUCAGUGUUUAGAGAGUUUUACUCAACAUGGAAACCUUGGGAGUCCACAUGAGAAUUCACACUGAAUUGAACACUUACUCCUGCCCUCAGGGUGGAAAAUAUUUCACUCAAAAAGAAACCCUUAAUGCGCUCAAUGCAUAUCACAAUUCCGGAUUGGCUUAUACCGGCUGACAAACUUCCUGUUACACUGACAGCGUAAUUCUAGCUCACUUAACCAACAGACAGACUGACAACUGGCAAACAUGGCUCUCUUUUACACUCUCUGUCUUCAAGACCUACCUCAUCUGACCUUUAAUGAUGUGGACCGUCAAGAAGUCAUGCCCCACUCC